CUUCAGCAGAGUAAAAGGCGAGAGCAGAGGCGAUCUGUGCCCGCUCCGUCCCCUACCCGCCCUUCUGUGCUGCACCUUUUUAACCAGUGACCUCGCGCCUCGCGGGGAGGGGCUUGUCCCCCACCCCUAGGAGCUUGACAGCGCCAGAGAACCGUCUGGCUUGGCAACCGGGGUGAACCCGCAAAGGGACCGGGUGCUGGCGGCGCCCUCCUUUGUGCGGCGGCUGCGCGCGGCUCCACCGCUAGGGGGCGGCCCGCAGGCCCCGACAAUAGGCGAGGCUGGGGAGCGGUGCGGUCCGGGAACUUUCCCCGGGGUCGGCGGGAGGCUCGGCUGGGCCAUGGAGGAGGGGACUGGCGCCGCGCCCCCGCUCUGGAACUGGGACUACCUGGACCGCUGCUUCGCCCGCCGCCGCGUCUGCAUCUCCUUCGGCCUGUGGAUCUGCGCCGCCUGCUGCUGGAUCGCCGCCCACGCGCUGAUUCUCUACCUGAGAUGCACCAAAAAAUGUGGCCGGGACCAGUCGACACUGUGCGCUGCCUUCUGCCUCCUGACCAGUCUCUGUGACACAGUGGGGGCGAUUCUGGCCAGACAGCUCACCAUCCAGGUGUUCACUGGAGCCUACCUGGCAGUGGUCGACUUUGUGAACUUUAUGUCCGUCCUCUUCCCAGUCUGUGGCUCCAAAUCCAAGUCGAAGUCUGGUAGGAGGAGCUGCGGGGAGCGGAAGAGCAGAAGGCACCUGAGAGCCAGCGUGUUUGCCCUGGCUCUGCCGCUAUGCCUGGGUCCCGGCUGGGCAGUCUGGGCUGCCGUCCCCAAGGCUUCAGCCCCAGUCCGAGGGCCACAGCGGAGGCUGCUGGGAAGCCUGCUGCAGGAAAACCCGGAAGUCUUCGGCUACCUGCUGGGUGGCAUCGCUGCCUUUGGCUCCUGGGCAUCCCGGAUCCCUCCAUUCUCCAAUAUCUGUCGGGGGAAGUCAUUCUCCUACAUCCACCUGUGGGCUCGGUUCCUGUCGGCUCUGGCUGGCCUCCUCUACGCCUCGGCCAUUGUGGCCCACGACCGGCAGCCUGAGUACCUCCUCCAGGCCACACCCUGGUUCCUGAUUUCACUGGGCCGAGCUGCGCUGGACCUCGCUAUCAUCUUUCUGUCCUGUGUGAUUAAGAGCAAGAUGAGACCAGCCUUCGGAUUUGCCGCUGAAGUCAGAGAGGGCCCCGACACGCAAGCCCUUUUGACCUGCGCAGAGAGAGAAGAAAACCAGGAGGCGGGGACUGAAGACAAGAACCCGGACUGGGUGCCUCUCACCAGCCUGUCACACUGCAAGCCACUGAGGACAACGACAGCAAUCAGCCGCUACAUGGAGCUGACCAUUGAGCCUGUGCAGCAGGCAGGCUGUAGUGCCACCAGGCUACCCGGUGAUGGACAGACAAGCACAGGAGAUCCCUCCUUGCAGGAGCCUCCCUCAUACCCUCCCAUCCAGGUCAUCCAGGCCAGAGUGUCUUCCAGCAGCUCCUCCGAGGUCUCCUCCAUCAACUCUGACCUGGAGCAGAAGUAUUGGGAAGCCCUAAACUCGGAGCAGUGGGACCCUGAAGAUGUCAACCUUGAAAAGAACAAGGACAAUGUGGGGCUCCUUAGAUCACAGAUGCACAGGGGCUCUCUGAGCCCAGUGGACUUGACCUCUGAUGACUGACAUCUCCAGGAGCCAGUCCAUCGGUGCAGAACUCAAGGUCAGGCAUCUGUCAGUGACAAGAUGGGGACCCACCUACAGUGCCACCCAUGGCAGACGUGGAAGCGGCUGCAGAAGCUUCCCAAGGAGGGAGGAACCCCGAGCUGUCACUUAGCUUGGCUAGUCUACCCCAUGACUCAACAUGGAGCUAAGGCUGUGGGGUCUGGACAGAUCUGCACAUGCCAAGUUGACCCUCAUGAUGAGAAGUUCACAGAUGAACCCCGUAUGUAAAGAUAAGCUUUCUCCCAAAGGACAUGGGAUCUCUUCCUAUGAGAUUCAAGCAUAGAUACUGUUUGCUUAACAACAGGAUCGAACUCACCAAGAGCUACUAUUUGGGUCUCAACAGAACGCAUUCUUCAAGACUCAAGUAAGCCCAGAUGAAAGAGUGCAUCUGUCCGUCAGCUAGAGGACCUGGGCACAAGAACUAACAUAACUGCCACACAUUAUGUAAGACUGCCUGGUCAGCCGAAUAUUUGGAAGAUCACCGGGUGGGCAAGGGUAACUGAUAACUGAUCUUGGUAACAGGAUUCCCUCCAGCUUGGGCAAAGUAUGUGCUGAGGUUGGGUUUGCACAUUAUGGGAUCGUACGUGCUUUAGGAGGUAACAGAAAGCAUGCCAAGGAUAAGGGCACAAUGCAAAGUGUGACUUCAAGUAUGGCAAGGCUGUCUGAGGAUGAUCUUGAUACUGUGACCAUGAGUGAGGGGUAGAAUGAGGGGAUGGGGCCAGCCAGGAGCAAACACUGGAGUGAAUAAAAUGUGGUUGAAUGCA